CAGCGGCAGUUCACAUCUCAGUCAGUACUUAGCAGAGCUGCUGGUGCCUCCACAGAACAUCUCCUGAGCAUUGCCCCUGGCUGAACAAGGCGAGGCACCAAGCCGGGGACACCCCAGCCACAGGCCCCGCCUCGGGCCCAAAGCUGAGUCUUGCCUCCUGACCUGAUCCUCCUAGAGAAGUGACUCCCCAAGGCGAGUCACUGCCUAUCCAUCCCUACAGCCUCUUUCUAUGACUCUGUCUGGAUUUGGCAGGCUGUGGGGACAGGCUCCAAGGGGCUGCCUGGGUCUCAGUGCGGCGGUAGCAGCCAGCUCUCCAGCCACCGCGGUGAAUGCCGGGAACUGAGGGGACAGCCUCCGCAGCCUCAGUGGAGGCACUAGGGACGGGAUGGAGAACAAAGCCACAUACUUGAACACCAUGAGCGACCGCGACACCGGCUCCAUCUUCGAGGAACCCUUUGAUGGCAGGAGCCUGUCCAAACUGAACCUGUGCGAGGAUGAUCCGUGCCAGAGACGCCGGGCAGGCGGCUGCUGCACCCAGCUGGGCUCCCUGUCGGCCCUGAAGCAUGCUGUCCUCGGGCUCUACCUGCUGGUCUUCCUGCUUCUCGUGGGCAUGUUCAUCUUAGCAGCGUCGAGGCCCCGAAGCUCCCCAGAUGACCUGAAGGUGCUGACGCGCAAUGUGAACCGGCUGAACGAGAGUUUCAGGGACUUGCAACUGCGGCUGCUGCAGGCUCCGCUGCAGGUGGAUCUGAGCGAGCAGGUGUGGAAGGUGCAGGACGCGCUCCAGAACCAGUCGGACUCGCUGCUGGCGCUGGCGGGCGCGGUGCAGCGGCUGGAGGGCGCACUGUGGGGGCUGCAGGCGCAGGCGGUUCAGACGGAGCAGGCGGUGGCCCUGCUGCGGGAUCGCACGGGCCAGCAGAGCGACUCCGCGCAGCUGGAGCUCUACCAGCUGCAGGUGGAGAGCAACCAAAGCCAGCUGCUGCUUCGGCACCACGCGGGCCUGCUGGACGGGCUGGCGCGCAGGGUAGGCGUCCUGGGCGAGGAGCUGGCAGACGUGGGCGGAGCGCUGCGGGGCCUCAACUACAGCCUGUCCUACGACGUGGCCCUUCACAGCACGCGGCUGCAAGACCUGCAGGUGCUGGUGAGCAACGCCAGCGAGGACACACGCCGCAUGCGCCUGGCGCACAUGGGCAUGGAGCUGCAGCUCAAGCAGGAGCUGGCUAUGCUCAACACCGUCACAGAGGACCUGCGCCUCAAGGACUGGGAGCACUCCAUCGCUCUGAGGAACAUCUCCCUCGCCAAAGGACCGCCGGGCCCCAAAGGGGAUCAGGGCGAUGAAGGGAAGGAAGGCGAGCCUGGACUCCCUGGAUUACCUGGACUUCGAGGUCAACCAGGGGAGAGAGGAACCCCAGGACAGCCCGGCCCCAAGGGUGAUGAUGGGAGGCCAGGAGCCACAGGAGCAAUGGGCAUGCGUGGGUUCAAAGGUGACCGAGGCCCCAAAGGAGAAAAAGGAGAGAAAGGAGACAGAGCAGGGGAUACUAGUGGCUUGGAGGUGAUCCGGCUGGUGAACGGCUCGGGCCCGCAUGAGGGCCGCGUGGAGGUGUACCACGACCGGCGCUGGGGCACCGUGUGCGACGACGGCUGGGACAAGAAGGACGGGGACGUGGUGUGCCGCAUGCUGGGCUUCCGAGGAGCAGAGGAGGUGUCCCGCACGGCUCGGUUCGGGCAAGGCACGGGGCAGAUUUGGAUGGAUGAUGUCGCCUGCAAAGGCACAGAGACCUCCAUUUUCCGCUGCACCUUCUCCAAGUGGGGGGUGACAAACUGCGGACAUGCUGAGGAUGCUGGGGUGACAUGCGUCAGAGAGUGAAAGUGGACACGGCCAAGGUCCGGACCCUACUGGCCAGCCUCCUUCCUGCACUUCUGGAGUGAGGGCCUUGCUUUGGGGUCCCCUGACCACGCCUCUGCCCUGUCCAGCCCAGCGUCCCCCUGGCCUCGUCCCCAUCCCGGGGCUGCAGUGGCCCGUCGCCAUCCUCCUCUGGGACGUCUGCUCCAAACUGUAACUCUGGGACCUACUGCCUGCUUCCCCUUCCACCAGAAUUCCUGAACGUGGAGUCCUGGUCAGCCGGAUCGCCGUUUUCCCCAGCCUUCUAAUGCCGUGCAUCCCGCCUCAAUACGCAUGUUCCCUUCGGCCCGUUAGUUACGGAAGAAUGCUGAGACGGUGUUGGGACAAAUGCCACGGAGGGGAUGGGAGGGAGGUAUAACAGCAUUCCUGCUUCGGAUAAUUCCCAAACCUCGGUUCAGCCAAGAGCCUUGACAUCUCCCUUCCCAACAAGAGACAAUACUGAACAAUUCCUUUUCUCCUCCUUAGGCUGCCUCUGCAUCCUUUUGUUAGUUUGGGGAAGUGUCAGCUGUAGGAGUGAGGGGGAAAUGCAAGUCAUGUGCAGGAAUUCAGUCGGAUUUGGAGAAGGGGAGUGAAACUAACACUUACUGAGUGAUCCCCAUAUGCGCUACAUACUGUCUUGGGUGCUAAAUGUAUUUAUCCACUUCGCUGCAUUUCUAUAAGGCAUGUUAGCUUAGGUAGGACCUUACUCCAUUCACCUGGCCUAGAAGUUGUAACAUUGAGAACGACUGAGACCAUUGUUUCUGCCUGAACCUCGGUGUGUCUUUGCUAGGCUUGAGCAAGGAGAUCUUGGUGCAAGACCUGUGUAUCCAGAGGGUUACAAACUCCAAACCCUAUGGAGUGUGAGUGCAAGACCAGACAUGGCUGGUUUCCAGGCCAACCAUCCACGCAAAAGGAAAGGUGGUUUGGAGGGUGACGUGGGGCUAUCGGGCUUAAACUGAGACCAGCACUCUCAGUCAUCCAGCAGUCAGGGGUAAAGCCAUGGCUCCUGUAUCUCAGAGCUGUCUGGAGGUGGUGAUAUCGAACCUCCCAGGCCCCUUUGGGUGUGAUCCUGUGCUCAGGAGAACAUGUGCCCUGAUGGGCCCUAGAGGAGUCGAAGGAAAUGAGGGUUUCUUAUCAUCUCCAGGGGAAGAAGGGGCCCUGGUCUUCUGCACAUCCUCAAUCUGCACCCAUCUCCCAGUGAAGGGGGACCACAUUCUGCUGUUGACACCAGGGGGCAGUCCAGCUGGGCCACCUGUGCGUUCCAGGGCUGGGGGAGCUACAAGGUACUGAGGGAGCACAGACCCACCUCGAGUGGGGGAGUCAUGCAUUCUUGGUCAGGCCUCGGACACACAGCCACCUGUCCUAUCAGGUGAGCAUCAGCCUGCCUGGGAGUGGGGCGGGGAGUGGCACCUGGGACCCUGCAGGGGUGGGGCCAAGACAGUUCCUGUCUGACCAGUAAAUCAGUAUGUGCUACUGGUGGUUCUUUGCUCACAAUAUGCUUGUUACUCACUAACGUCCCGACGAUCAGAGACUCUCCUUCAGACCAGCUGCUGUGUUUGCACACCUCACGUGUGCUCAUGCAUUUCCCCCAGCACCGAUACCUGUAUGCGCAUACACACAUGGCACUGUUUACUGCAUAGCUCAGCACGUUGCAAAGUUCAUGUUAAAAGAAAUACCAAAGGUGGAGCGAUGUCACGUCGGGUGAAAUAGAUCCCCGAGCUGGUUCUGGCAGAGAACCCCACUACCCCGCCGCUGAAGACCCGCCUGACGUUCUCACUCGGUCUUUUCAUUUGGGAAACCACAGGUCUUGUUUUACAUCCAAUAAAAAUGACGGUGAUCAGUGUUUGAACCUUAAAAUGAAAGUCUACUAGUUUACAUACCUACUUAAGAGGACAUGGAAAUCCCCAUGGACCUGCAUUUCAGGGACUACAGGAAAUUAGGCCUGGCCUAAAGGACAUCAGAUCUUUUGUAAGAAAGAAUUUCAAUAAAGCUUAAAAUAUGUCACUGA